GUCGUCCUCGUCAACUCGUCAUUCCGUCCACCAACGUCUCGGUUCGCCCUGAAUCGCGCUCCCCACCCAAACCCCUCCGCCGGAGUCCGGCGAGAUGUCCUUCUUCUUCCGGGCGGCGUCGCGCCCGCGGUCGUCGCAGAACGAGCUCGUGCGCUCCAUCAAGGACUCCCUCCUCGCGCUCGACACCAAGACCGGCGCCAAGGCUCUCGAGGAUGUUGAGAAAAAUAUAUUUACCUUGAGGCAGACACUUUCUGGUGAUGGCGAAGUUGAACCGAAUCAGGAGCAGGUUUUGCAGAUAGCCCUUGAAAUUUGCAAGGAGGGCGUCCUUUCUCUCUUUGUUCAGAAUCUGCCUUCAUUGGGUUGGGAGGGUAGAAAGGAUCUUGUCCACUGCUGGGGUGUUUUAUUGAGGCAGAAGGUUGAUGAAAGUCACUGCUGUGUGCAGUAUAUUGAAAAUCAUGUUGAUCUUCUAGAUUUCCUUGUUGUUUGCUACAAGAACCUGGAAGUUGCAUUGAACUGUGGGAACAUGUUGCGAGAAUGCAUAAAAUAUCCUGCACUUGCAAAAUAUAUACUGAAGUCAAGUAGCUUCGAGUUGUUUUUCCAGUAUGUUGAAUUGCCAAACUUCGAUAUUGCUUCUGAUGCUCUGAAUACCUUCAAGGAUUUGCUCACCAGACAUGAAGAUGCAGUCUCCGAGUUUUUGAGUUCCCACUAUGAACAGUUCUUUGAACUAUACACAAGGAUUUUAACGUCGAAUAAUUACGUGACAAGAAGACAAUCAGUGAAGUUUCUUUCAGAGUUUCUGUUGGAGGCCCCGAAUGCUCAGAUAAUGAAGCGGUACAUUUUGGAAGUUCGUUACUUAAACAUUAUGAUUGGUCUGCUGAAGGAUUCAAGCAAAAAUAUCAGGAUAUGUGCUUUUCACAUUUUUAAGGUAUUUGUUGCCAAUCCAAACAAGCCUCGUGAUAUUAUCCAAGUGUUGGUAGACAAUCACAGAGAACUGUUGAAGCUACUCACUGAUCUUCCUGCAGGCAAAGGUGAAGAUGACCAACUUGAUGAGGAGAGAGAUUUAAUUAUCAAGGAAAUCCAGAAGCUCGUGCGCUCAUCAGUAUAGACCCUCAGCAAAAUUUAAAAUUAUCCUUGCAUAUUUUACUGGUCAAGAAAGGCAACAUUGUCUCCCUUUCUUAUUUCUAGACCUCCCGUGUAAAAUGAUAUGUACAGUGGUUGCUUAAUGUUUACCAUCUUUAUAUGGGAAUAGUUUGCCCAAGAAGUGUGGUCUUCACAAAACACAGAGAAUUGCCGUAAACAUUUAUCGUUAAACGAA